UACGCGACGAACUUGCGACCAGACCAAUCACUGCAAUCACUUGGUUGACCAGGCUCAAUCGCUGAGUGGAAGAGCUGCUAGAUAGUAUGGUCGAUAAAGAAGAUCCUACAAGGCUGAUUGCCAAGUACUUGCUCGACCAUGGCUACUUGAAUACGCUAGAAGCACUCUCUCAUGAUGCUGCCAUUGCACUUGACCAGCUCCAGCUAGAAGACGCAGAUGCAGUCUCACUCGAGUCAAUCCUCGCUGAACGAAGUGAACGUCUGCUUAGCUUGCAGCUCGCGAACGCAAAGCUCAAUGAAAUGGUUUUGCCUGUGUGGUCUGCAGAGACAUGUCCCUCGCAGGCCUAUUCUUUGCCGGGUCUCGGUCAAGCCAACGUUCUCUUUGUUAGUGGUGUGAAGAUUGAUUCUGCGUUAUACAUCCUGGUUACGACAGCAGAUAAGCUGCUGAGGCUAUACCACGCAGACACGUUCGAGUGCCAGACGUGGGAUGGCAUACAUACAUCGCCCAUCUUGGAAGCCCGUGUCAUAGGCAAUCACUCGCUUUUGACGGCAGGCAUGGAUGGAGCAGUCAAGCUGUCAGAUCUGAGAAACUCUCAAUCGCCACCUGAAACGCUACCUGGACGACACACUCGCUAUGUGCAUCGUCUUCUUCACAACGACGCGCAGACGUAUCUGGUCUCGACUGGCUACGACAAGCAACUCAUCUUGUACAAAAUCGCUUCAGGCAAUACACCCAGCUCAGAGUCAUUCAAUUUGGUCGCCUCUGAGCAACUUGCAACAGUUGUGGAAGGUCUCUGCUUUGUCAUGCUGCAAGGAACUGAACAUCUCGCCAUCACACGCCGUGAUUCAUGUAUGAUUGAGUAUCUUUCCCUUGACACCCUCCAAGUUGUCCAUACAGUCAACAUGAAUGCCAACAAAGACCUCUGGGUCUCCUUCUCAGGUGUCGAUCUCGCUAUCCAACCAGUACCGCCGCAUCUCCUCGGCGUUGCCACUAGUAAAUCCCCUCUUGGCCGUUGGCUCGCCUUCAAAGGUCAUACAGUCGAACCAACACCGCCAGAUCAUAUCAUUGCCGAUAUUUAUCACGGAGCAGCCGUUUCUGAUCUUGGCGUUCUUCCUCGCUUCGCCUGGCGACCUCAUGGCUCUGGCUUUUUUGUUGGCUCAGACGAUGGCACCAUCUAUGGCGUAUCUAUCAAGACUGGCAAGGUCAUGAAAACCCUACGGAAUCAUUCUGCUGCUGUUAGAAGUCUGUGGUGUGGUUUUGAUGCUAUUGGGAACGAGGUACUGGUCUCUGGCAGUUUCGACAAGACUGUUUCCAUCUGGAGAGUCUGACAGGGCUUCUUCCCAAGUCAGUAGGCUCUCCAUCGCUAUCAUCUGCGUUGUCGCAAAGGAACAACUCUUAUCCGGCCGAGCAUGUCCUUCAUCAAUAUGCAGCUUUAUUCGGCCUGCCGCAGAGCCCUGCGCAUGCUAAUUGUGAUUCUCGGGCCGGGUCCCUGAAAGUGUGC